CGUAGUGACGUAGUACGCCAAGGUGGCCCGUGUAAUCCUGUAAAGCUCGCUAACGGGAAUACAACGUGUAGUUUACAAGUACUGGCCUCUUAUUGUUUAAUUUAUACAUGAAUUUUUAUUUUUUGUUUUUGUUCCAAGUCCUGCAGAAGAAAUUACUGGAAUUUCAGCGUGAUUUUACCUCAUUUUUUACGGCUACCAGGAAACAACAUCUGGUCUGCUGCAGGGAAGAUUGAUUUUUAUAUUUUUUUCUUAUUGCUACUAUUUUUUUCUAUUUUAGAAUUUUGCCAGCAUUUGUUGGACCAUCCUGGGCCCAGAUGCUGUGAACGGGAGAAGCGGCCUGCUAGAGCCGAGCUGUGCAGCGGCCUUGCGUUAUGUCAUCUAGCCGGCAGCAGCAGCAGAAUGGCGGGGGAGUGGGGUCGGGACCUGGGACAAGUAGUGGAACCAGCAGCGGCAGUAGCAGCAACAACACUAGUAUUGGCGUCAGUAACACUACAAACAACAGUAGCAACUCUGGUAACGGUAUCUCCUCACGGACUCUGGGAAUCGGGGCAGUGGGACUGGGGGUUUCUUCAUCUCGGGGGAGUGCAUCACUGGGGAGAUCAGUGUCAUCCUCAAGCCGAAAAAGGCCCCUUCCAACACCCCUUUGCAACGGCCUCCUCAACUCCUACGAAGAUAAGAGCAACGACUUUGUCUGCCCAAUCUGCUUUGAGAUGAUAGAAGAAGCUCACAUGACCAAAUGUGGACACAGUUUUUGCUAUAAAUGUAUUAGACAGAGUCUGGAAGAUACCAACAGAUGUCCAAAGUGCAACUAUGUUAUUGAUAACAUGGAUCAGCUUUAUCCUAACUUUCUAGUAAAUGAGUUAAUACUCAAACAAAAACAGAGAUCAGAAGAGAAGAGACAUAAAUUGGACCAUCCAAAUGGACACAGGUGGCAGGUUUUUCAAGAUGUGCUUGGUACAGAUCAGGAAAACUUGGACCUUGCCAAUGUUAAUUUCAUGCUGGAGCUCCUUGUACAGAAAAAAAAACAGCUUGAAGCAGAAUCACAGGCUGCACAGCUUCAGAUUUUAAUGGAGUUUCUUAAAGAAGCUAGAAGAAAUAAGCAAGAACAACUGGAGCAACUGCAAAAGGAGCUAAAUUAUCUUGAGGAGGAUAUCAAGCGUGUUGAGGAAAUGAGUGGCUUGCACUCCCCUGUCGAAGAAAUGGAUCCUAGUCUUGAUAGCACUGUGCCUCAGUUUGAAAUAAAUUCCCCAUCGCAUAGUAUUUUGGAUUCUUCGGAAUAUAGUCAGCCACCAGGUUUCAGUGGAAGCUCACAGGGAAAGCGGCAAACGUGGUACAAUAGUACUCUUGCAUCUCGGAGAAAGAGACUCACUGCACAUUUUGAGGAUCUUGAGCAAUGCUACUUUUCUAACCGCAUGUCUCGGAUCACAGAUGAAAACAGGACUACCAACCAGUUGGAUGAUUUUAUGGAGUGUCUUUCUAAAUUUACACGGUAUAACUCUGUCAGGCCUUUAGCCACUCUCUCAUAUGCCAGUGAUCUCUACAAUGGAUCCAGUAUUGUCUCCAGUAUUGAAUUUGACCGUGACUGUGACUAUUUUGCUAUUGCUGGUGUUACAAAGAAAAUAAAAGUGUUCGAAUAUGGAACAGUGAUCCAAGAUGCAGUGGACAUUCAUUAUCCUGUUAAUGAAAUGACAUGUAACUCUAAAAUCAGCUGUAUCAGCUGGAGUAGUUAUCAUAAAAACUUGUUAGCCAGCAGUGACUAUGAAGGAACUGUCAUCUUGUGGGAUGGUUUUACAGGUCAGAGAUCCAAAGUCUAUCAGGAGCAUGAGAAGCGAUGCUGGAGUGUUGACUUUAAUUUAAUGGAUCCUAAGCUUUUGGCUUCAGGCUCUGAUGAUGCUAAAGUGAAAUUAUGGUCUACAAAUCUGGACAAUUCUGUAGCUAGUAUUGAAGCAAAGGCUAAUGUCUGCUGUGUGAAAUUCAGUCCCACAUCACGUUAUCACCUUGCUUUUGGCUGUGCAGAUCACUGUGUUCAUUACUACGAUCUCCGAAACACUAAGCAGCCUAUCAUGGUUUUCAAAGGUCACCGCAAAGCAGUGUCUUAUGCCAAGUUUGUUAAUGGCGAAGAAAUUGUGUCAGCGUCUACAGAUAGUCAGCUCAAAUUAUGGAAUGUUAAUAAGCCUCAUUGUUUGCGAUCGUUUAAGGGUCACAUUAAUGAGAAGAAUUUUGUGGGUCUGGCUUCCAAUGGUGACUAUGUUGCUUGUGGAAGUGAGAACAACUCUCUCUACUUAUAUUACAAAGGUCUUUCCAAAACGUUGCUAACAUUCAAGUUUGACACAGUGAAAAGUGUCCUUGAUAAAGACAAAAAGGAGGAUGACACCAACGAGUUUGUUAGUGCUGUGUGUUGGAGAGCACUACCUGAUGAAGAGUCUAAUGUGCUUAUUGCUGCCAAUAGUCAAGGCACUAUUAAGGUACUGGAGCUUGUAUGAGAGAAACCUUUUCCUGGAGUUGACCAACCAAAUUGUAUACCUAGCAUUUUUUUUUCUUUUUUUUAAUCUUGGUAAGGGUAGGGGAAAGAAAAGUGGACUUGAAGCCAUUUUUGAACAUCUACCAGAAUAUUUGUAAAGGAUUAUAA